AUGCCCAAGAACCAAAGCAAGAAUCUCUCUGGCGAUAACGCGUAUCUGCUCCCCCGCUCAAAAGGCCAGCCCCGCCGCGCCAUGACCAAAGCCCAGCAGAAGAAGCUGAAAGUGAAAGGAAUGAAAGCGAUCAAUGCUCGAAACCGAAGCACUUUCCUCCAGAAAUCAACGCUACCACAACCACCUCCAGUCUUCACAUGCUUCUCGAACCUCCCAGCCGAACUGCGUCUAAAGGUCUGGGAAUUCGCCGCCGAGAACGAGAUUCAAUUGAUGCACAAGCACGUACAUUCAUCGGGCGAUGCGUUUAAUUCGUGGCUUUAUCCAAGUCUGAGCUGGACUUGUCGUGAUUCUCGGGCUACUGUGAUUGCGUGUUUAAGUUUCAAAUCAUGGGUGUGGGCUGGGCGACUUGCUUGCAGGCUUCGGUUUUCAAAGUGGUUAUUCAAGAGAACUCUGGUAUGGAGUACAGGGUGGUCUUACAUCAAUCGGGUCUAA